UGUCAAGAUGGCUGCUGGGCUGCGGAAACGCGGCCCGCCGGGUUCUGUCGUCCAGCCGGCAGGAAUCUGGAAACAAUGGCUACAGCGGGUCUGGCAAGAACGCUACCUACUGUUGCGGGAGCCACGCUACACAUUGCUGGUGGCCUCCUGCCUCUGCGUAGCAGAGGUGGGCAUCACCUUCUGGGUCAUUCACAGGGUGGCAUACACAGAGAUUGACUGGAAGGCCUACAUGGCCCAGGUGGAGGGUUUCAUCAAUGGCACACAUGACUACACACAGCUGCAGGGUGACACCGGACCUCUUGUCUACCCAGCUGGGUUUCUGUACAUCUUUACGGGUCUGUACUAUGCCACUGACCGGGGCACGGACAUCCCUGUGGCCCAGAACAUCUUUGCUGUGCUCUACCUUGUCACCUUGGUGCUCGUUUUCUUGAUAUACCACCAGACCUCCAAGGUACCUCCCUUCGUCUUCUUCUUCAUGUGUUGUGCCUCUUACCGUGUCCAUUCCAUCUUUGUACUGCGGCUCUUCAACGACCCAGUGGCUAUGGCCUUGCUCUUCCUGAGCAUCAACCUCUUCCUGGCGCGGCACUGGAGCUGGGGCUGCUGCUGUUUCAGCCUGGCUGUCUCAGUGAAGAUGAAUGUGCUACUCUUCGCCCCGGGACUGCUAUUCCUCCUUCUUACUCAGUUUGGCUUCCGUGGUGCCCUCCCCAAGCUGGCCAUCUGUGCUGCUCUACAGGUGGUGCUGGGAUUGCCCUUCCUGCUGGAGAACCCCGUUGGCUACCUCUCCCGCUCCUUUGACCUUGGCCGUCAGUUUCUCUUCCAAUGGACAGUGAACUGGCGUUUCCUGCCUGAGGCCAUCUUCCUGCACCGAGUCUUCCAUCUGGCCCUGUUGGCUGCCCACCUUAGCCUCCUCUUGCUCUUUGCCCUCUGUAGGUGGCACAGAACAGGGGAAAGUAUUCUGUCACUGCUGAAGGAUCCUUCCAAAAGGAAAGUUCCACCCCAACCCUUCACACCUAAUCAGAUUGUGUCCAUCCUCUUCACCUCCAACUUCAUUGGCAUCUGCUUUAGCCGCUCGCUCCACUACCAGUUCUAUGUCUGGUAUUUCCACACACUGCCCUACCUCCUGUGGGCCAUGCCUACUCGCUGGCUCACACACCUGCUCAGGUUGCUGGUGCUGGGACUCAUUGAGCUUUCCUGGAAUACAUACCCAUCCACACCCUUCAGCUCUGCCACCCUGCACCUGUGCCAUGCUGUUAUCCUGCUGCAGCUCUGGCUGUCCCCUCAGAUCUUCCCAAAGAGCGUCCAGCUGAGCAGAAAAACGCACUGAAAUCACCCCUUCCUCCUAGGACUCGCUCAGCAUCAUGGGUGGAAUGAACUCUGUUCUUAAGAAUAAACCUUGCCAAGUCCACCUUUGUGUGGCCUACAUGAA